AUGGAGGACCAACUGAGGUUGUGCACCCUCCAGCUGCUGACUGACUACCUGGAGUACUGCACCCAGAGGCCCAGCAGCACCCCAAACCCUACAUCCUCACUUGAGGCCACCGUGAUGUGCUCCAUCGCCUCCCAGGUACAGAAGUGUUACCAGCUUUCCUGGACCUGCUACCGCCAAUUAGCCGCCACAGUGAGGAGACAUGGGUGGGGGGUUGGGGGAGCCAAGGUUUUACAUCUCUUUAAAACAUUGCACAGGACCAGACAGCAAGUUUUUAAAAAUAAUACCAGAGCAUUAGAAGCAGCCAGAAUAAAAAUAAAUAUAAAUAAUAAUAAUAAUAAAAAUGAAGCUUCUCCUAAGAAAAUAAAAGAGCUAAUAAAGACAGGUUCCAGUGUGGAAUUGUUAUUCAGAACAUCCAUUAUACAAGGUAUUCACACAAAUCACAGUACACUGAAAUUGGUCCCUAGGAAAUACCUUUUAUAGAAAAU